UGAGGCUGCAACAGUCCGUCUGCCUGGCCCACGAGUCGCGACCUCUGCCUGCGCCGCAUCUUCUCAUCUCGAGGCCACCAUGAGCAUCAUUUUCUUGGUAGCAUGCUGCAUAUGCAUGGUGACUGCACGCCCACAGCAAAGCAAUGCUGCAGUCACGCCCGUACCCAUCCUGGUGGACGAAAGGCUACCCAUCGACCCACAAGGAGGCUACGGGUUCAGGAUCGAAGCGGGGAACGGCAUCAAGUGGCAAGAGAUAGGCGCGGUGGCUUCUAAGAGCGGCCAGUAUACAUUCACGCACCCCGACGGCACCCCACACAUCCUCUCGUACACCGCGGGCGUGGGCGGCUUCCACCCAGUGUCCGACCUCCUCCCGACGCCCCAUCCUCUCGAACCAUGGCAUAUCGAACAGAUCCGCUUUGCUGAGAGUCAACGAGCGGCCGCGGCGACGACUCAAGUUUAAGUUAAACGGAAGCAUAAGACGGCCGGUCGUCUUCUGUUGUUGAAAUUCAGAUGUUUUUUUUUUUAUCAGUGUUGUCCUGUCUUGUUGAUGUGAAAUAAAAUGUGUGAAGUUA